AUGCAGAGAGAUUUGCUAUUAAGAAGAGUAUCUAGAGAGGGAAUUACCAAGGAGGAGAGAAAGCAAAUAAACGAUAACAAGAUAAACCCUCCAGAUGAAUAAAAGAAAAUACUUAUUGAGAAAGAUAUUGAGCUAAUGAAAUUAGAAGAUGAGUUCAAAAAUAUCCAACAAGAUCAGCUUGCUAAUAUUCUAAAUAUGUACUCUAAGGAUAAUGAUCAUAGAAUUCAAAAGAAAAGAUAAAAGAUGCUUUAGCUAGUCAAGAAACUAAAAGAAGAAAAAAAAGAUAAAAAGGAAUAAAUUGACCUUCUGGAUAGUAAAAUGAGACUCUAUUACUUAAUCAGAGAAUAUGCCAAAGAAACUUAAGGUGUAGAGUAGCUAGAUAAUUAUACUGAGGAAGUGUUUGAUCUUGGUUUCUUUGAUUAGCUUAGAGCGAAAUAAAGAUAGAAAAAUGAAAACAUUAGAGAUAAAUUUCUAAGAAGAAAAUUAUUAGUCAAGCAUUUUCCUGGAGAUGGAGAUCUAGCUGAGGCAAAUAGUGAUGACAGUAAUUUUAUGGACGAGGAGCUUGAAGAAAAAAUAAAAUUUGGACUUGGAUUCAAAGGCUCAUUAGAUAAUAGAAUACCUGAAGGUAUAAACUAACUACCACUUAUUAAAGUGCUUUAUUAAAAAUAAAAGAAUCUUGAAUAGGAGUUAGAGGAAUAAGAAAUAAAACAAUAGCUUACCAAAGGGAAGAGAACUAGUACUAUGAAAUUGAGAUUUAAAGAGUAGCCUAAUAAGUCAACAAAAGUGAUAGAUUCUAAAUUGAAAUGCAAAUAUUGCUAAGAUAAAGACAAAGGUAUUAAAAAUUUAAAAGGUAAAUGUAUUUGUGAUAAAAAAUAAAAGGAUUAUGAUAAAGUGUAACUAAAUGAAGCAAUGAGGAAAAAAAUAUUUGGGCUAGAUGAUUUAAAAAGAAUGAAUACAAAGACAUUAGAAUAUUUAGAUUCUGAGUUAAAAACACAAUAAGUAUAAAAGUAAAAUUAUGAGCUAGCAUUAAAGAAAAGGAAAAUUCUAAAUACAAAAAAGCCACCAUUAAUUAAGCAACUCUCCAAAAUUUCGGAUGCUCAAACUGAUUUCACAAAUACUCUUUAGCCCAAAAAAUAAAAUCCAAUUAAAAAUGCAUUAAAAAUAAGUCCUAGGAAAAUUGACUCGAAAACCUCUGCAAGAGCUAGUCAAUAAUUAUCUAAUUAAAAAUAGAAAUAAAUCUUGCCUGAAAUAAAAAAAGAAAGAUUAGAACUUAGGAAAAGAUAAGCCAAUGAGAUUUAAACAUAAACUAAUGAUAGCCUAUUUAUAAAUGGACCAAAUAAUAACUUAGCUGGACUAAAAGGAAUACCGAAAAUGAGCAAAGAUGUAAUUAAUGAAAUAAAAAGAUAAGUAAAAGAAGAGUUAAAAUUUGAAUUGUAAUAAUAAGAGAUCGUUGAAGAUGAAUCUGACUAAUUUAGUUAGUAUAAAUCUAGCCCCGUAAAAUUAAUAAGGAGAAAUUCAGUGAGAUUGUCUCCUUUGAGGCUUGAAAAACCUAUAAUAUAAACUCCUGUUCCAGUAUCAAGUGAAUAUAGAAAACCACCUUUACCAAUGCCUUAAAAUCAUCUUAGGGCACAUUCUUAAAACUAACUAGAAUUAAAAUCAAAUUUAUUAAGAAUUAAGCCACUUGAAAGUGAAUUAAGUGCUUCUGUGAGGCCUUUUUCUUAAGAAAAUUAGAAUCAAUAACACAAAAGCUCGUUUGCUGGCUCAACGUAAGCAAACACCAAUAAAAUCUUAAAUUAUGAGGGUAAUUCAUCUAAGAUUCCAUUAUCAAGAGCACAUUUUAAGACCGUAAUUGAACCGAUUCCUGAUGAAGGAGAGCUAAAACUAGAUGAUAAAAAUGAGGAAAAUAAAAGUAGAAAUAUAGAUUAAUAUGUGAAGCAAGUGACUGUGUCAAUUUUCAAUGAAAAAACCGAAGAAAAUGACAAGAUUAAAGAUUAUAUGAAUAGAGGAUAUUUAAAAGAUGAGGAGAAAAUAUUUGAGCUAAAAUUACCCGACAGUCCAACAAAAAUAUAAUCAUCAAGUAAUUCUCCUGAUGACGAAAAUAGAAAGCAUAGACAGAGUGAAUUUAGCUACGAGGGAAAUUCAGUAUUUAAAAAAUCAAUGUAAUAUUGGCAUCAAACAGUUAAGCCAACUAAAUUACCAAAAGUAAGUGCAAGAAAACACUUAGAGCUCGAAUUAUUGGAAUAAAAAAAUCUAGGCACUGUUGUUUUACGUGUGCAGAGAUUUCAUCUCUCUGAUUUAGUAUGA